AUGACUUAUUCUUUCAUAGACGACAGGUCUCCUCUUCAGCUUCCGCACGCCCACCCUGACCCCGAGUCCGAGCCCAAGCUGCAGAAGGGAGUCGCUGAUCUUCUACCCUCGCGACACAUUAUCUUUCCCUUCAAUCUUCGACAGAACCGGAAAGCCUUGGAUAAGAAGGCUUGGGAGCACCUGUGGAAUCUCUUUCCCGAUACCAAAGCCGUGUGGUUUGAUGGGUACUUUUUGGUGUUUACUCUCGGUUCCCUGCCCGAAAAGCCGUGGCCGAUCACCAUUGCUGGUGUCCAGCCAUACUUCACUACCGACCUAAACGACGACGGACCGAUUCCCCCAAUCAAGCGCGCAAGUAAAAUAGUACGCCGCAUCUCCGCUGAAGUAAAUCUCACCGACCUUCCGCCAGCCGAAAUCGAUGCCGCCUUCGAACUGGUAAUCAACUACUUCUCCAGCUCCAACAUUUCCAUCACAGAAGUUCAAUAUUGGAAUGUUUUUUUCGUCAUUGUCCUUGAAAGCGAGGACAUUACUAUGGCUGAGGUUCCCAGUGCAAUUGGACAUUGUGCGUGUUAUUACCUGUAUGAAAAGGAGAUGAGCCGUCCUCAACCGGCUGAAAUUCCGGCCCAACGAAUCCUCGACCCAACUGGCGACGUCGUGGACAAUAGCGAAUAUGAAAUUUUGCGUCCUGGUGUGAUGCUCGGUUCGGAAAAGCACCCAAUCGGUAGAAUGGAAUUACGUACGACUUCAGGUGUGCUCGUCGAAGAUGGGAUUGGUGAAAGAUACAUGACUGUCGCGUCACGCGGUUUUCCACACGGCGAUAGGGUCUUCCAGCCAUCCGCAGAAGGCAGGGAUAUUGGUAAGGUUAUUAUGGAAGUUUCUCAUACCGGCGUUGCACUUGUCAAGCUGAAUGAGAAUGUCCGGUUCGUGAAUGAAACUUUCGAGACCACAUCCCUCGGCGUGCCACCAGCCAGACUAGAAGGAUUCAUACCCGCAAAUGAAACCCGAAUCGGCUCACCAGUGUAUAUGAACAAUCCAUUUACCGGGUUCUCCGAAGGAACAUGCGGCCCGCAUGCCAGACUGCGCAUCCCUAGCGACGAUCCUCACGAAGUACCACUCAAAUGGAUUAGGGCUAGGUGGGUCUAUAUGGGCCAAGGGUUCAUAGAUCGCUCAGAAGAUGGUGCCUGCGGGUCAGCAAUUUGGAACGAUGAUGGUCAAGUCCUGGGGUUCUUUCGAUACGCUUCGAGGUCAGAACAGCUUAGGGACUGGUCUUUUGUGGUGGCGUCCGAUAACCUUAUUGAAAAGGGAUUCAAGAUAACUGCGCGGUGA